UGGUGGGCGAAAACAUGCAACAUUUACAAAGGGAUAUGCAAAGGUUCACAGUACUUUAGGAGGGGGCAUUGUAUGUUUAAGAGGGGGCUGGCUCUGAUAGGGAAACACCCUGAUGUGUGGAGGAUACUUAUCUCAUCCUGUGCAAGAAUGACAUAUUCUUUUCAGAGGAGGUUAAGCAGAGACCUGGAAGUAACUGGAGAAAUUGUUUUUACUCUUUGAACAUUACAAAACCUGGAAAACUGGACUACAAAUAAGAAAACUGACCUAAUAUCUGCAAAGUUGUGGACUAUAUUUUGGAUUUUAGGAUAACUAACAGUCGUUAGAGGGCGCCAUUACAGCGUCUGGUCAGCUGAAUUCAACGAAGAAGAGUUUUAAAGCGUGCUAACCAGCUGCUCAUGUAAACAACACUGAAGAAUGUGAUUUGGAAGUUUUAUUUUAUAACCAUUUUCCUUUUUGUUCUCCAUGGCGCAGCCGGCGGAGAAAGCGUAUUACCGCUUUUUGGUGCUGUUCUUCAAUUGUCUGCUGACUUUUGGCUCCUACUUCUGCUUCGACAUCCCCAGUGUUUUACAGGAUCAGUUCCAGGGGAAGCUGACAUGUUCCAAUGCGACGGUGAUCAACGGCACAGUGGACUGUGUGGAGGGACUGGGGAUGAACCCUCAGCAGUACAACCUCCUUUACGCCAUCUACGCUUGGACGAAUGCAGUCGUUGUGAUCAUGGCCGGCUUCCUGAUUGACAAACUAGGAAACCGCUUUGGAGUAUUUCUGUUCUCCUUCCUGUGUGUUUUGGGCUCUUCACUGUUUGCAUUGGGUUCCCACUUCAAGGGAACCCCCUAUCUGCUGCCACUGAUGCUCACAGGCCGACUGCUGUUUGGAUCAGGAAAUGGAUCUCUGACCAUUGUUCAGAACCGCAUCACAGCGUUCUGGUUCAGAGGGAAGGAGCUGGCCCUGGCGUUCGGUCUGACGCUGGCUUUCUCUCGCCUCGGCUCAGUCCUGAACUUCUUCCUCACACAGAAGUUUGAGGAACAAUAUGGCAUGCAGUGGACACUCUGGGGUGGUACACUCCUGUGUGUGCUGGGCUUUGUUUCCGCCAUCCUUGUCAGCGCCCUGGAUAAGAUAGGAAUGAAGCAGCUGGGACUUGAUGGCGCCAUCCAAGAGGAGUCCCGCAAAGUGAGGAUUCAGGAUGUGAAGCUCCUGUCUCUAAGAUAUUGGCUGCUGGUUCUCACCAUCAUGUUCUUCUAUAACGGCAUCUUCCCAUUCAUUGCAGAUGCCAGUAAAUUCAUUCAGGAUAAGUACGAUGGCUACAGUCAGAAGGAGGCGGCUUAUAUCGCCGGUGCUGUUUAUGACAGCUCACUGGUCCUCUCAGCCAGCGUGGGCAUCCUCAUAGAUUUUGUGGGUCUGCGGGGCAUUUUUGCUCUGGCCUGUGCCAUCUUCACGCUGCCUGUGUUCGGACUGCUGGCCUUCACCUUUGUGCCUCCUCUGGUCUCCACCAUAUGGCUCGGAGUCACCUACUCAUUCGCUGCUGCCAGCAUGUGGCCGUCGAUCCCCCUCGUGGUGCCUCAGGCGACUCUGGGAACAGCCAUGGGUCUGGCCACCUCCGUACAGAUGGUCGGGAUCGGUAUAUCCAAUCUGGUCGUUGGGCAGAUUUUGGGCUCCAAGUCGAGUGAAACUAAAAUACCUCUGUGGCGCUGGCAGAGGAUGAUGAUCUUCAUGUUGGCCAACACCAUCGGCUGCAUCGUCACCUCGGUGGUGCUCAACGUUGUCGACCGCAGACAGGGCGGGACACUGAACAAGACAACAAAGAAGUCGCAGCAGGCGGAGGGGGAGUCGGACAGAGAGCCCCUCACCCAGGGAGAGGAGGAGGAGGAAGAGGGAGGCGAGGCGGUUAGAUCUCCUUCUGUCAACUCUUAAAUUUGAACAUUUCUCUUUUCUUUUUUUUUGUGACCAACUUUUUAUUGUUGUUUUUUUUUUGCCCUCACAAAAGGGACUUAUAGACAAUACAA